UAUUUUUUGGUUUAGAAUUAGUGAUACACUUAGGUAUCUACCUGAAUUGCAUGUUCAUUUAGUCUCCAUAACUAUACCUACUUGCUUCAAGAAUUUCAUGCUUCGAAUCAGGAUGAAAGAAUUUUUGAAUUUAUUCUGUGUUUUUACAUCAAUUUUGAUCGUCGAUUCGACGGUAAAGGUGAUGGAUACAAUACCUCAAAUUCAAAAGAACACUUUUCCUGCAUUAAUAAUGCAAGGACCAUUCAAGCUCAUGUACCCAGCUGUUCCCAGAGAAAGGGUUAAUAAUGACGAGAUGUUCACGUUCGAAAAAUUUGAUUUGGCCAUUUCUUAUCUAUGCCCGCGAGAGAAUUCUUUGGAAGUAGAGGCUAGUAAAGAAGUACAAUGUACAAAUAAACUCACAGUUCUCAACAGGCCAAGUGGUGAUGCAUGUGGUAACGACAACAGAAUAGAAUAUAAUAUCGGUUAUGGAUUCAUAAUAAGACGUCCUCUUUUUAAUCCGAGGAAAAAAGAUGAAAAAGUGGAGUAUCCUUUGUACUCAUCGUGCUACGAUAAAUUAGAUAAAAGAAUUUAUCACGUAGAAUACGAGCUGAGGCACAGAAAUAAAUUGUAUGAAAUAUCAAGCAAAAUAUACCCUGAGCAACAACUCGAGGAGAUUACUAAACAUCAUUUGGAAUUUCGCAAAGUAAUGGCUAACAAAUUUGAUGAACAACAACGAGCACGAACAGGCAAGCCUCCAAAAAUUAUUGUAUCACAACAGUUAUCGAAAUUUGAAAAUAAAGGGGAAAAAACCGAUGGGGAAGGCUACUUGAUUCCAUUUCAAUUAGUUUCACAUGAAGAUAUGAUUUUAUACAACUGGAAGUUAGCCACAUUCAAUGAAAUGAACUAUAGUCUCAUUUGGAGUAACAUAGCCGACAAUGCGUGGAAAAAACUCAACGAUUUUUUGAGAACCACAAUGAUAAAGAGCAACUACAAUCUUCACACUUACUCUGGAGUUCACGAUUACACAGAACAAGGAUAUCCUCGUUAUUUAUGGAAAUUUUUACGCGUCAAUUUUAAAGGCGGCAUAGUUGUAGUCAUACAUAAUCAUGCUCCCGGCGAUACAGAUACCUACGAUCCUUUGUGCGCUGAGCACAGUUGCGAAGAAUAUGUUUUACCUUAUAUGAAUCAAAAAAACAAAAAUUUAGGAUACACGUAUUGCUGUCUUACGAAAGAAUUAAAGAAGAAAAUCCCUUUCUUCAACCAACAUUUCUUAGAAAUUGACCCCCUAAUGAUUUCAGAUUUAUUCACCGUCAACGACGAUAUAGAUGUCUCCCCACCACCGUCUCCUCCUGUAAUCGUCCCUGCGCCUGUAAAAACCACUCCUGUACCAACUGCCCCAGCCCCUAACUUUCGACGGGAAGCGGCGCCUUAUGAUCCAAAGAAACGUUCUAGAAGAAGACCAAUACAGCUAGAAUCAAUUGAAGCUACACAAGAGUCUGAGAAACAUUCGGUUAAGCAUGAAGAAGACGAUGAUGCUACUAAAGAAUUGAAAAGGAAAAUCGAGCAAUUCAAAUCGGGCCGAGAACCGUCUGGUAAGCAAUCGGUUGAUGUCUCGGUCAAUAAUGCAGAAGUUAAAGCAUUGAGAAAUAAGAUUGAGGACUUCGUUGGGUAAAGGCUUCAGCCCGGUAGAUAGAAAAUGUUUUGAAUUUUUCCAACGAAGUACAAUCUACGUUUGAGAAACGAGGAGGAAAUACAACUGAAAGGAGACAAUAUUUUAAAUGUGGGAAUUCACCAUUGUUAAUAAAUUUUAUAGAAAUGAAGAGUGAUAUUCCAAAACUCGCUUUGUCCAUUUUUAUCAAAGUUGAGUUUUCAGUGGUACCUGAUAGAUGAAGUAUUAACUAUUAACUCACAUUCCUACAUCAUCAACCUACCAAAAUGAGGUUUUAAACUCACCUAAAUAGCCAAUUCACUAAAAUUUAAAAAAAAAAAUAAUGUUCCAAAACGCGCUUUUUCCAUUUUUAUUGAAAUUUUUUUCAGCAGUAUUUAGUGGAUGAAAUGUAUACCUACACUCCUACAUCAUAAAUCCACCCAAAUAAAGUGCUAAACUCGCCUAAAAAGCCAAUUUACCCGUUUAAAGGGAAACUGUUUUUCCUCUCUCCUGAAAAGUUGUGAAAAUGGACAAAGCGAGUUUUGGAAUAUCACUCUUCAAAUGUUUCCCAUUUCACAAUUAGAUAUAGAUUUUUCAAGUAUUAGCCUAUCACAUAAGAUUUUACAUAAGUGUUCAGUAAUUUAAUGUAUCUAUCUAUGUAUCUCGUUUGCAAUGUGCAAUCGUAUACAUGUCUACGUGCCUACAAUGUACAUACCUAUAAUAGGUACAUAGGUACCUACCUAAUUAAUUAUACACGAACUUUAAAAAAU